AUAUUAUACCAUUGUGUGUUUAGGCUCAAUUCUGGGACAUGAGCUCGUUGCAAGCAGCUCUUCCGAGUAAUCAGGCACCGGCUACCUAUGUUAAUGAUGUGAAUGAAUCCUGGUUUCCCCAGAAUUCUGUUGCAUCAUACGUCCCCGGUGCCGCUGCAUUUGAUCCUCUAAAUGCAGGCUCUUUCGGGUAUAUAGUCGGGCAAGUGCCAACCACCCAAAUACAGAGCAGCCCUGCUCAAGGCCCCGUUGCAUCCAUCGGGGGCAAUCCUUUUGCAUAGCGUUCGACUCGUUCUGUUUUGUUAGUACCAUGUAUCAAGAGUCUCUUUUUGUCCACUGUAAUUAAGUCUAGUUCCUGAGAAACGUUCUGUUUUGUUAGUACCAUGUAUCAAGAGUCUCUUUUUGUCCACUGUAAUUAAGUCUAGUUCCUCUUUUCUCAGACACCAGCAUUCCUUGUUUCCAGUUUUUCAUAUUUGUAUUCUUUGAGGAAUAAGAUGUAAGAAAGUGUCUCGUUUUUUCGACACCGGACCCGCCCAGAGGCCGAGACGCCGGUGGUUGUGUAGGUAUAUGUAUGAAGCAAGUGCCUCAUCUUGGUGCUUUAUGGUUGUAACUUGUAAAUAUCGUUGAAGCUGAAAUUGGAUCAAAAUAUGUUUUUUCUAUGCAGAGUGAUUCAUUUUUGUGAAAAA